AUGGCUUCUGACUACAACAUGGACAGGAUUCGAGAAGGCGGCCCGCUGAGGUGCUAUUUCCGUGACAUUAGAUGCAGUCAGAAUUGUGACGUACUGCACAUAAAGUUCUACAAAAAGAAUAAAAAGGUUUUUUUCAGUUCUGUAGAGAUCUGCAGCUGUUCCAAGGCAAUUGUGAUGAGUGUUGGUGUUGAUGUUCAGUAUUCCAACUAUUCAGGACAAAAUGAGUAUGACUUCAUUUAUACAUCGAAAACUAUGCUGAUCAUCAAAAAUGUGAAUACAGACGGAGACAAGGUCACCAGUGUGAUACUAGCCCUGGGUAUGUAUUUUACAUCUUCAAAUCGUCUUCACGCUCAUGCUGUCAAGAAUGUGGGAUUUGGAUAG